AUGGAUACUGUCAAGGACUCUGAGCCCAAUCAUAUCGAGCAAUAUGUACUCGACAACCCCAAAGAUCAAACGGUACCAGCAGUUGUACUAGAAUGGUUACCAGAAGAAAGAGCGCGACGAGAAAAGGACCUUGUCAGGAAAAUCGACUUUCGACUCCUGAUAAUCAUGCUGGUCAUGUACAUCCUGAAUUACCUAGAUCGCAACAACAUCGCAGCGGCAAAGCUGGCCGGGCUGCAACAUGACUUGAAAUUGACUGGAGAUCAAUACCAGGUCUGUGUUAGCAUCCUGUUCGUCGGAUAUCUCCUGAUGCAAGUACCUUCCAAUAUGAUUCUCAACAAAUUCGGAAAACCUUCAAUUUACUUGCCAGGAUGUAUGGCAGUUUGGGGUGUCAUCUCUUGCUGCACUGCGGCCACAAAAGACUUUGGUGGUUUGCUGGCCGUUCGAUUCUUCCUUGGAUUUGUUGAGGCUGCAUAUUUUCCCGGCUGCCUCUACCUCCUGUCAGCCUGGUAUACAAGGAAGGAAUUGGUCAAACGGACCGCGCUGCUCUAUGCAGGCUCCUUGAUUUCAGGUGCAUUCUCAGGAUUAAUUUCCGCAGGUAUCACGAGCGGCUUGAAUGGUGCAAAAGGUAUUGCAGCAUGGAGGUGGCUUUUCAUCAUAGAGGGCUCUCUGACGGUACACUACACUGCUUUGUCGUUUGAGAGUGAAGACACAGAGGCUAAUCUUUCCCAGAUCUUCGUGGCUUUAAUCGCCUUCUUUCUUGUCCCGGAUCUUCCCAGAACGACGCCCUGGCUGAGCGAUGACGAGAAGGUCCUUGCAGCCUGGAGACUAGAAGAAGAUAUCGGUGAGGACGAUUGGGUGGACAGUGAACACCAAAGCAUGUUCCACGGUGCUAAGCUAGCCAUCAUGGACCCAAAGGCUUGGCUGCUUCUUGGACUCAUCUACGGCUGCACUUCUGCUGGAGCUGUAACCACAUUCUUCCCAAGUGUGAUGGCUGGACUUGGCAAGGACAACAUUGAUACCUUGCUCCUGACCACCCCUCCGUAUCUCAUAGGCACAAUUGCCGUGUUGAUCAAUGCCUGGCAUGCGGACCGGACAGGUGAACGGUACUUGCAUAUGGUGCUUCCACCCAUUGUUGCUAUUGUAUCUUUCGUCCUAGCCAUGGCAGCCAACAACUUUGCCGCUCGAUACGUUGCGAUGUGCAUCAUGCUGGGAGGCAUUUAUUCCAGUUACGUUGUCGCCCUCGGAUACAUUUCUAACAUCCUACCACGCCCGGCUGCAAAACGUGCAGCUGCCCUGGCCUUUAUUAACUGUCUCAGUAAUGUGUGCCAGAUUUACACUCCUUACCUUUACCCUGUUACAUGA